AUGGAUGAAAGUCAUCACCACGAAAGAAGGCCAGGAGACAAACACUCCUGGCUAAAACUGACGCGGACGAGCCCGGGACGCAGGACGGCGCCCGAGGGUGGCGGUCGAAGCCCGGGCAAGACGGAGCAGCCAGUGGGCGCGGUGCGGCUGAGCGAGGGGCUCCCCUUGGGCCGUGCCAACCCCAGGCGUCCCUCUUCUGCGAUUACUAUUAUUAGGCACCGCCGCUACUCGAGCAGCCGGGACUCGCGGCACAAAGGGGGCCCGGGGCUCGGUGGGAGCCAGGGCGACACCCGCCCAGGUCGCCCGGUGCAAACUUGGAAAGGCUCAGCCGCCCGCGGCGCCGCCCCCCGCCUCCCCGCGGCGCCCGCCCAGGACCUGGACUCACCGGGGGCGCCCGGCGCUGCGGCGGCUCGGGAGCGCGGACCACGGACGGACGGACGGAUGGACGGCGGCGACGGGAGCAGGAACCGCCGCAGCCGGAGCAGGCGGGCGGCGGAGGCGCUGCAGCGGCCCCGCUACGUCACAAUGCGGCCGGGCCUCCGGCGCCGCUCCCCGGGCCCCGCAACGGACGCGAGCGGGCGGGGGCAGCCCCGGGGCGGCGGGCGCGGAGGGAAGCGGAGCGCGACGCGGGCGCACCUCUGGGAUGGGGGCGCGGUCACCGCUGCCGGGGCUGCAGGGGCCGCCGUGCCCUCGCGUUGCGGUGCGCCGGGUGCCCGCCGCCCCCGGCCCGCGAGUCCCCUCGGCCUGACUGACGGCGACCCUCCCCGCGGCGCCCCCCGCGCGGCCCGCGUCCCGGCCGCGCCGCCUCCUCGCCCCGGACCCCCGCCCGCCCUCCUGCCCACGGCGGUCGGCGAACCUGCUCUUUCUUCUUUACCUUUCUCUCCGGUACCUCUGCUGCCUUUGCCGCCCCUCAACUGGCUUUCUCCGCUCCUCCCCUCCUACUUUUUGCCCCCGCUUCCCCCUUUCUCCUCCGCCUCCCUCCCCCGCUUGGCGGCCUCUCCCCCCGGAGAUGAAAUCGCCCCUCACCGUGAUCCCUGCGUCAACUGCUGCCACCUCAUUGGUCCCCAAACCAUUCCAGGGUUCCAGCCUCAGUCGGGAAAAGAGACUCGGGGAGGGGGGGCAACGAAACAUGGGCACUGUCCUGGGAAACUGCUGUGCUUCGGGAGCCCCUGGCAGAGUCCUCAGGGGCUGGCACAGUCCUCAGCCCCCAGUCCUCCCCUCCGCCGACCACUCCAGGCUCGCCCACCCUAG